GUUUUUUCGGGGGAGGUGUUGGUGAAGUUGAGCCCGACGUCGUAGACGAUGCCGUGGUGGUGCAUUCUGGUGGUGGUCUUUGGUGGUUUGGAGAUUUGGGGGUUUGGUGGGGGGGUGGAGAGGUGAGGAUGAGAUGCGUAGGGAUCUAGAUGAAGGGUAUGUGUAUGUUUGAGGUGGAUCGAGGAGGUGUUUUUUAUACUCUCUAUACAUGCUUCUGGAUAGGGUUGAGGCCCGGACAGCGCAGUCUUGGCGUUCCGAGGUCCGUGAAAACUCUCUCUCCGUCUCGGGCUGGCUCGACUUCACUCGUUGACACCCAUUGACCGUUUGUCUUUUCGGUUGAGCAAUGACUGGUGGAACUUGUACUUGAGUCCUCAUGUUCGGUAUUACUGGUAGUAGCAAGAGGGCAAGGCAGGAAGAUCUUGAUGAGGGUUCCCCUGAGGUGGAGAAGGUGGCUUGUGAUCGUUGUCGUCAGCGGAAGGUGCGAGAUUUCGAAUAUCAACACCUUCCAGACUUAAACAUUGAUUGCUUGUUGACAGACCAAGUGCGAUCGCGGUCGGACUGUACCUACAACCGGGGGCAUAAGUUUAAAGAGAAGCGACAACGCGUUCUUAUUUCCAGCGUUUACGAGAGGAGACUGGAGUACAUCGCGAAUAAGCUUGAUCACCUCGCAGAGGUAGUUGGCCGACUGAGCCAUGAGCACUCCAGCCAUGCGACUUCAGCCGGACUGCGUCUGCCAUUGCAGCCUUCAUUCCACCAACCCAGCCAGCCAUCUUCGUCUGCUUCUACACACGUGGAAGGAAUCGAAUCGACCCUUUUCGCCCAUGUGAUCUUCACUGCGAAAUGCCUCCAAGCGGCGGUGAUGGACACCCACCUUCCCUAUAGCGAUGUCCCCGAGUUGACUACCGCACUGAACAGCCUGUGGGACACGAUAACUGCUCAGACACAACAGAACCAGAUAUUAGAAUGUUCGCAGCCGUUUGCGGAGCUGCUUCCCCGAAACUUGACCCCAGACUUGAAAGACUUGCCGAUCCCCUCCCUGGACCGGAUCAUGGCCUGCUUGAGACUCGCUCACGAAUGUUCAUCCAGUCAGCUCUAUUGGCCCUUCGAGUUCGGAUCCCUGGGCGACUUCACCCACUACGUGAUCCGAGCGUGCUCGCCGGGCCCGAUCACCGAUAUGGAGCUGAUCAUUGUGCACUACGUGCUUGCCUGGCUGUUCGCCGAAUGCGCAAACCUCAAGAGAGGUGACCUCCUGCUCAAGCAGGAUUACGAGGCCGAAGCCCUCAUUUGCCGACAGAGUCUGGAAACCCUUCUGGGUAGUCUGUCCUUCCAUGUAGCUACAAGCUUGGACGCUGUGUGUGCUAUGUACAUGGCUACAAUCCACUGUCUCCAGCACGGCAAACCCUUUACCGCAUGGUCCUUCAUCUCCAAGGCUUCACUUAUCAGCCAGGCCCUCGGGCUACACAGCCCUCAUGCUACCAUGGGCCCCGCUGGACUAGAAGAAGCCGAAGAGGAUGAAGAUAAGAUCCAGCGGAAGAUGCGCCUCUUCUGGGCGGUCUACGUCCUCGAGAAAGCCCUCGCCCUGCGUCUGGGCCGGCCGUCCACGAUCCACGACGCCGACAUCACGCUACCAAAACUCCGUCUCGACCGCCGGAUGGCCUCCCUUCUCCACAACCGGCUGCCGGACUGGAUCGAGGUGGCCGGUCUGUACGGACGGGCGUACGACGAGAUCUGUAGUCCGAAGAAGCUGGCGCAGACGGCGGCUGUGCGGGAGUCUCGGAUCCGCGCUGUGGCGCGUGAGUGGGAGGGAGUCAUUGCCGCGCGGGGGGAUUUGUAUAAACACCCCGAACAAUGGACCAGCGAUGCCCUUGCCCCCGGCCUGAGUGAUUUCAUCAUCCACGCCAACCGGGCGACUGAGUACUCGGUCCUGGCGUCGAUCUAUCGAGCUAUCCCCCCUGAAACAGAACCUCCUUCUUCAGCGCCUUCUUCCGGUGAUAAGGGCAUAAAACCUAGUCCUGAAUCCCUCGCCGCAGCAAGACUCUCCCUCGCUGAGACAGACGCCUGCAUCACCACCAUGCUUGCCGCCGACGCCGACGCCGCCCCCGCGGCGUGGCCGUCCUCUCCUGGCUUCGAUGUCUGGCUCACCGAGAAUUUACUCGUUGCGCCGGUCAUGCCCUUUUUGAUCCUGCUCGGUGGGCUCGUGCACUCGCCUGGUUCUGAGGAGUCGGAUCUGGAUAUCUUAAGGCGGAUCGUCGAUGGAGUGGGUCGGCUGGUGCGCGUGCCUCGGUACGCGCGGUGUCGGAAGUAUGGACGGGUUUUUCGGGUCUUGUACGAUGUUACUGCUGCGUUUGUGGAGGUGAGAGGUAAAAGGAGGAUGGAUAGGUUUGUUGGAGAGUUGGGGGUCGGUGUCGGUGAGGGAGGCGAGUUGGGUGGGCUGGGGGAUCUGGAUGCGUAUUUGGAUUGGAGUGGGGGUGGUUGGUGA